UCGUGUCAUCAUCACUGUGGAGUGUCGACAACGGGCAACUGCAUUGCAGUACAUAGUCACAAGAUCCCAAAAAUGGUACUAAUGGACUUCUACAUCAACGACCCCAGCAAAACGUUUUGGGACGACCCCAGGAUGUACGUAGACGACCCGGGUUUGGACACGUUGCUGUCGUUGACUGUUGAUGAACUAUUGCCAUGCAGUGGUCAUGAUGACGUGACUGAAGACAGUGACGAGAUCAACAAAAAACAAAAUGUGACGGAAACACAAAAACCGAAACAACAGGAUAAAUCGAGUGAAGUUAAACAGGUGCUAGAGUGCACAUAUCCAAAUUGUGACAAGACUUACUUGAAACCAUCCCACCUCAAGGUGCACAUGCGGAGGCAUUCGGGCGAGAAGCCGUACGGGUGCAUGUGGCCGGGCUGCUCCUGGCGCUUCUCCCGGUCCGACGAGCUGUCCCGGCACUGUCGGUCGCACUCCGGCAUCAAGCCGUACGGUUGCGACGUGUGCGACAAACGGUUUUCGCGGUCCGACCACCUGACCAAGCACGCGCGCGUCCACCACAAGCGGAUGGCCGCGGCGGCCGCCCGGUUGCAGUGGCCGCCGCAGCGGUGCCAGCAGCGGAUCGCCGUGAAACUGACCGCGGCCACGGCCACAGCCAUCGCCGCCGUUUCGUCGUCGGCGGCCAUCAGACGGCAGCAGUGACACGACCGACCGACCGACGCGAUGCGAUUGCGUCGCGACGUCCGCACAAAGCAAAACCGCAGCAGCAAUCCACGCCGAGCCCUACGCCGCACCCACCGAUGCAGCAGAUUUCCCUUAAUGUACACAAUAUAUGCAAACUGAUCCGUCGGCAAUACUAUACCUGUUCACCUCCCCUCGUCGACGAUGGAUCUGUUGAAAUUCUAUUCUUCGAAAGUUUUAAGCGCAUUUUAAGACCGUAUGUUAUCAUAAUAUUUUCAAACGAUCGCGAUCCCAUGACAUUUUUAAAGAACGUGUACGCGUGCGGCGAUUCAAACUUAAUUUUUCAAAUCAGUUCUUGUUUUUUUUUUUUUUUUUUUUCUAUUAUAAGUCGUCAAGCGUUUAUUAUUAAUUGUAAGACAUACGAAAACUCUUGUACUUCCACAUACUUCCACAAAACUUUUCUAAAAUUUUUUAAAAAUUAUAAUCAAUCAUUCCGUGUAUAAACGUUUCUGCUUCAUACCGUGAUCCCAAUGACAU